CGUCUCUUAUCUGCUUGCCCUCCAACCCAACACCCUGUUGCUUCAAAAGUUGGGAGAUGUGUCCUCAUCCUUAUUUUUCUAGAGGCUUCGUUCGAUUGUGCAGUCACUUUGGCUCUCCCUAUAUAAAGUCUAUCCUUGGUUUGAUUCUGUAAAGACUCCUUCAACGGAGAACAGAACAUCGUCCUCAUAAACGUUCAAGUGUCAGCUAAAUCAAGCCAAAGAUGACUCCAAGAAUAAACCAACAAAGCAAGUGGAUGGUCGUGAUCCUCUCCCUGACCUCCAUCCUGUCCCAUAAUGUGUGCCAAGGUUGUUCACGGGACUCAUCAGAUGACGAGUAUCGCGUAGUCCGGAGGACGGAUUCGGAUGGCAAGCAACUGGUGGUGGCCGUUGGUGAUGAUGCCAGACUUAGUUGUCAGACCAACGUACCAUGGAAAACAUGUGUGUGGAAACCACCUCGAAAUGGCGUCCGGGAACUGAAAUGUGAAUUUGGACGGAAGAAGGUGGAGCACAUGACUUGUCCUUCAUUUCCCGAGAUUCAUUUCGACAAGGAGCGAUCUGCGGGACAAUCAUGCACAAUUGUGGUGCACCAGAUCACCGAGCAUCACGAGGGCAAUUGGGGAUGUGAGUUAGAGAUUGAUGUGCCCACACUUCAGGAAAAGGUCAUUGUCAAGGACAAAGUCCGCUUGAUGGCGAGAGGAUGGCGGUACCCAUGAUGACACCUACCGCCCUCUCUCAACAAGUCAUCGUAACUGAUUUUCCUCUUGAUGAACCCAUUUCAGGCCAAUCCUGUCUCUAGUCAGUAUUCUUCCUAUCAGUGUCACUAGAUUGCAAACAGGGUGGUGGGCUUAAAUUUGGACAAAUGGAACAAUGUCCAUCUGACACGCGUAAAGGCCUUUAAAGUGGGCACUCCAGUGAAUGAAUGAAUGGCUGAAUGGCUUGUGCAUUUUUAGUUAUCUCCAGAGUGUCUGGUCUUUCGUUUUCGGCGGGCUUUACCACUAUGAAUUAGGAUUUAUCAUCUGGAACGCAAACCAUGCGUUUAUCAAGUAGAAGGCCACAAGUUUUUUCCUAACGGACACAACUCAAAAACAAGAAGUGAUAAGAAAGUUAAAACAAAUACAUGACGACAUGAAUGGAUGACUGAUGAACGAAUGUUUUUUAAAGCUUGCAAAAGCCCACUUUGAACGGCGGACACAAACAAAGUUUUUAUUUGUCUUCAAAAUCAGAGCCUUCCAUCACCCUGUCAACCCUCACAGAUGGCUCUAGAACUGUUUUUAUGGUUGAAAAAGCAUCCAUUUUUCUGUUGGUCGUAUCGCAUGCCUGUUUUGGGUCUCCCGGCCAAUUGUGAACCAUGUAAAUUCGAUACAUAUCUCUGGAUUCUCUUUUCUUUCGCAAUAAAUACAUUACCAAAUUA